ACAUUACUUUUUUCAAUCCCGGGCGCAGAGAGAAAGGAGACUGGGAAGAUGUCUGGACGUCGCGCUGCGUUGAAAGCCAUCGACUGGGUGGCGUUCGCCGAGAGGGUUCCGCCCAACCAGAGGGCCAUGUUCAACGGCCUGAAGACUCGCAGCGAUGCCAUCGCUGCCAGGCUGCGCUCACUGCCUGAGACUCCUGCACUGAUUGACUGGAGCUACUACAGGAGCGCUGUGGCCAACGUUGCCUUGGUGGAGGAGUUUGAGAAGAAGUUUACGGCCCUGCAGAUCCCUGAGCCAGUGGACACCCAGACCAGCAAGAUUGACACCCAGGAGCAGGAGGCGAACAAAAGUGCCGUAGCUUACGUCGAGGCAUCCAAAGUUCGCAUUGCCCAGUAUGAGAAGGAGCUGGAGAAACUGAAGAACAUGAUUCCCUUCGAUCAGAUGACUGUCGAAGACUUGAACGAAACGUUCCCAGAGACGAAGCUGGACAAGGAAAAAUAUCCAUACUGGCCGCACAAGCCCAUUGCCGAUCUGUAAUUUGUUUUUUUUUCCACGUCUACCCGUCUGCUGCACUCCCUGUGGGAGCAGUCUGGUUGCAAACCCUCCCAGAUUAUAGAUGAAAUAUGAAUAAAAGUCAUUGUACAGUAC